UCUCCUUCUUCAUCUCUCUGUCUCUGAAAAAGUCACAGAUCUAAUAUUUUUCUGUUGCAAUGGACGCCCUUUACUCUUCUGCUUCAACUAGUUCCUGUUCUUCAUCUCUUCCUUUAUCUCCAGUCAACUUUGCCCGCGCAUCCCUCAAGACUCCUCGGACUCUUGCUUUUCCCAACUGCAUCAGAAAACAAACUCAUGUCACAAGAGCCUCUUUGGCAGUUGAGCAGCAGGCCCACAAUCCCAAACUCGCUGUUAUCAAAAUUGGUACCAGAGGAAGCCCACUAGCUCUUGCUCAAGCUUAUCAAACAAAAGAGAAGCUCAUAGCAUCACAUCCCCACCUAGCUGAAGAUGGGGCAAUUGAAAUUGUCAUUAUCAAAACUACUGGUGAUAAGAUACUAAGCCAACCCUUGGCCGACAUCGGCGGCAAGGGAUUAUUCACCAAAGAAAUUGAUGAGGCAUUGAUAAAUGGUGACAUUGACAUUGCUGUACACUCCAUGAAAGAUGUACCUACUUUGCUACCCGACAAGACCAUUUUGCCUUGCAAUCUUCCACGAGAGGACGUCCGAGACGCUUUUAUAUGCUUAACUGCAUCUUCACUAGGAGAGCUGCCGGCCGGUAGCAUUAUUGGUACUGCUUCGCUUAGACGAAAGUCACAGAUACUCCAUAGAUAUCCAUCCCUUAAAGUAGAGGAGAACUUUCGGGGUAAUGUCCAGACUAGGUUAAAGAAACUUAAUGAAAAGGUAGUCCAAGCUACCUUGUUGGCGUUAGCUGGGCUGAAACGCCUGAAUAUGACGGAAAAUGUAACUUCGGUUCUCUCAUUGGAUGAAAUGCUUCCUGCUGUGGCCCAAGGGGCAAUUGGAAUCGCCUGCCGAAGCAAUGACGAUAAAAUGGCUGAAUAUAUUGCUAAAUUGAAUCAUGAAGAAACAAGACUAGCAGUUGCAUGUGAGAGGGCAUUUCUUUUGACCCUGGAUGGGUCUUGCCGAACUCCUAUUGCUGGAUAUGCCAGUAAAGAUGCCGAUGGUAACUGCAUAUUCAAAGGCUUGGUGGCUUCCCCUAAUGGAACCCGUGUACUUGAGACAUCUAGGAAAGGCCGGUAUGCUUAUAAGGAGAUGAUGGAGAUAGGUAAGGAUGCAGGGCAGGAACUUCUUAAACUGGCAGGUCCUGGUUUCUUUGGUUGUUGAAACGAACAGGACCGACAAAAUAAUAAGGAAAAGAA